AUGGAGUUUAUUAAUCCCAUGUCACACCCUCACCAAUUUACUCGUCUCCACCUUUUGUCCUAUAAAUAUUCGACUACGUUACUUCCAUUUUUAUUUGAUGUUAAUUUUUUUAUUUAUAGGAUUGAAGAUGAGAUUCCUACGGUGUAUGACAAAGACUGUUCUAGGAAGCAAAAGAAACGCCAAAAAGUCCUUGUAGAUGAGCUACAAGACUUCGCCAGAAACACGACUUUGCAUGGUCUUAGAUACAUCACGGAGAAAGGAGUGUCUGUUGUUGAGAAAAUAUUUUGGCUGAUCCUGUUCUUGUUGAGCGUCUCCAUCUGUUCGUAUCAGAUUCGUAACGUUUGGAUUAAGUGGGGGAACACUCCGGUCAUUGUCUCCAUCAAUGAACGCUUAGUGCCCGUGUCUGAGGUUCCCUUUCCUUCGGUAACGAUAUGCCCACAGUCGAAGAUUUCAAAAUUUGAUUAUGAUUAUAGCAAAGAGAAAGAAAAAAUAAGUAUAGUACAUAAGGAUAUUUCGAACAUGUCAAUCGAAGCCAGGAAAAAGUUCGAAGAUGUCUCAGUUAUUUGUACCAAAUUCAAUUACAUCGUUCAUUCCCUCUUUAGGAUGUUAAAUCGAAACUAUUCUGAUGAACUCGUGCAAAAUCUUGAUGAGGCGACAGAAAUACAUAAUGUAAUGCUGAUGAACUCUAGUGCUUGCAUGUGGCGCAUGGAGUCGAUACCCUGCUACGAGAUUUUUAAUAAAGUUUACACCCAAGAAGGCAUUUGCUUUAAUUUUAACGCACUGGCCGCGGAGGAUAUAUUCCGCACGAAACAAUUGCAGAAUAAUUACAGUUACUUAAAUACGACAAAACUUCUCAAUAAAUGGUCAAUGGAAGGCGGAUACGAGGACGAUUCCACUGAAGAUCCGUAUCCUAGGCGAGGACGGGAAAACGGCGCCUACCUCGAUCUUGUUAUCACAAUGGUGGAUGAUAAAUAUAAUCUUGACAAAGCGUGUAACUCACUCUAUUCGGGAUAUAAGGUAUACGUGCAUCAUCCUAUGGAUAUGCCGCAGUCAUCUCUCUACUACUACGCGAUGCUACCGGAGCAAACUUCCUCUCUUGCUCUCAAGUUUAACUUGGUGACGUCAUCAGAUGAGAUCCAAUACUAUUCUCCGGAAGUACGACACUGCUACUUCCCCGGGGAGCGGUAUCUCCGCUAUUUUCAAAUAUACACCGAGAAUAACUGCAGGCUCGAGUGUCUGUCCAACUACACAUACAACAUGUGCGGCUGCGUGGGUUACUAUAUGCCUUAUAAUGCCAGUGACAAGAUAUGCACUAUUCAAAGCAGACAGUGCAUGGAAUCGGUAGAAGAAAUAUUGGCGAAGAGAGAGACGGGGGACAUCAGCUCAAGACUGUGCAAAUGCUUUCCUGCUUGCAACAACAUCGAAUAUGACGCAGAGAUCACGAAAGCAGAGUUAAAUGUCAAUCGCUUCUUAUCCAGCGAAGACUCGGACACUUCAGUUUGGGAUUAUAGAAACUACACGUUUUCGAGGCUGGAGAUGUAUUUCAAGAGCCCUCGCUUCGUCUCCAUGCGCCGCUCGGAGCUGUUCGGUCUGACCGACUUCAUCGCCAACUGCGGAGGGCUGCUAGGCUUGUUCCUAGGGUUCUCCUUCCUCAGCCUCGUCGAGAUCAUCUACUUCCUGACCCUCAGGUAUUGUCUACUGUAA